AUGUCCCCGACAGCGGCCGGAACCAUGAGAGCCGUGGUUUGCAACUCGCCGGGCCCGACGUCCGUGCUAAGAAUGCAAGAUAUUCCUUUGCCCAUCCCCGUGGAAGGCCAAGUCCUCGUCAAGGUUCUUGGCUUUGGAAUCAACCGUGCUGGUCACUCGCCGGGUAUUGAAUUCCCACGUAUCUUGGGCAUUGAACUUGUUGGUGAGGUUGCUGGGUAUCCUUCUGGCUCCGGAGCAGAGCCCGGCGACCUGCCCAUCGGCACCAGGAUCGCAACCUGCAUGGGAGGACUGGGACGACAAAUCCCCGGGUCUUACGCCGAGUAUGCCUGCCCUUGGAAGGCGAACAUUUCCCGAAUCCCACAGACUAGCCUCCCCAUCGCCACGAUUGCCGCCAUGCCAGAGAUGUUUCAAACGGCGUACGGUUCGCUUGUUCAAGCGCUGGAACUCAAGCCCGGCGAAAGCAUCCUCAUCCGCGGCGCCACGAGCUCCGUUGGCCUCACUGCGCUCCAGCUUGCGCGGUAUCUGGGUGCCGGGAGAGUGGCGGGAUCGACACGCUCCGGGGCCAGGGAGAAGAUGCUGCGAGACUACGGGGCCGACGAGGUCUUUAUUGACGAUGGGAACCUUGCCAAGCACGCUCCUGCACAAUUCGACAAGGUACUGGAACUGAUUGGCACAAAGACUCUAAAAGAUAGUAUCAAAUGCCUGCGCCCCAAGGGAAUGGUCUGCAUGACUGGCAUACAGGGCGGGGAGUGGACAAUGGAUGACUUUUCGCCCAUUACAGAUCUGGCCGAGCGUCGGCGCCUCACAGGCUACUCGGGUGAUCCAAAGGACUUCUUGGCGCUGCCAUGGGGUGAACUAAUUCGGGCAGUUGAGAAGGGGGAGAUUAAAGUCCCAGUUCAAGAGUUUCGCCUCGACCAACUGCAGGAAGUUCAUGAUACUCUGGAGCGGGGAGGAGGAGGGCAGAAGAUGGUGGUUGUGAUUUGA